CGGGUGCGCGCGCAGGGCGCGUGAAUAGUAGUAAGAAUGCGAGUGUCGGCUACGUCGCGUCGUUUCAGCCUGAGCUCGAGCGAAGCCGGAUUAUCAUCACGAGGGAGAGUGUAUGAUCCGAGAUAAAGAAAGACAGAGAGAAAGAAAGAAAGAAAGAGAGAGGGAGCGCCUCCCGUUCACUCCACUCACAUAAUGUAGCCGAAUCCAGUGAGAGAGGACGCCGAGCGGUUGUUUUUGUCGCGUGAGGUACAGUAUGCUCACAGCGCCGCUACUGCAGCUGGGAAAAGUUCACCUGCAACUCCUGCUCGAGACUUCACCGGCAAAAUGAGGCCAAGAGUGACUAUAAAGAGAGAGUUCUGGAGAGGUCCACGGCUCAGAUGGGAGAAGCUUUUCACAGGUCGGAGCGAGCGGCUGAGGGGACCAGUCUCCCAGGCGUAAUGCAGCGUGGCAGUUCAGAGUUGUUUCUGGAGCUCGAGAGUGACUCAACUGUUCGGGAUGGAACGCGUCCUCGACUGGGUCUGGACAGCCUACAGCAGAAGAUGCUGAAGGUGACUGAGCAGCUGCGUAUUGAGCAGGCUUUGAGGGACGAGAAUGUGGCAGAGUACCUAAAGCUCAUUGAUACUGCCGACAAGCAGCAAAGCAGUCGCAUCAAGCAUGUGUUUGAGAAGAAGAACCAGAAGUCUGCGCAGACCAUCGCGCAGCUGCAGCGCAAGCUCGAGCAGUACCACCGAAAGAUCAAGGAGUGUGACACAGCAGCCUUGGCCAACGGCACCAAACUGGCACAGAUGCCUGGCAAAGACGCUAAAGAAGCAUCCAGGGACAGCCUGAAGGACUGCGCCAAGGAGGCAGGGCCCAGAGCAAGUGGCCGAAACCAACAUUUGGACAAAGCGAAGACAGUGGGUCCAGGCGUCUCACUCUCACCACCAUUCUUCUUCAACAAGUCGCGAGGCUUUGCCAGCCUCAUCCGCAACAAAUUUGGCAGCGCUGACAACAUUGCACACCUUAAGAGCACGAUGGAGACGGGAGGCGGGCUGAGAGCCGAGGGGGCGGGGCGAGCUCUGAGUGGCAGUGCCACGCUAACGAGCAAGCCGAAGUACCCGAGCGACGACGAGUGCUCAACAGGCACAUCAGCAUCAGCAGAGAGCAGUGGGAAUGGCGGGCAGGCUGAGGGGGCCCAGGUGGAGAGUGACAGCAGGCUGACUGAUGCUCUGGAGGAGGUGAGGGAGCUCCGAGAGGCACAGGGUCACCUCAGUGAGGACAUCGAAAGCCUGAGGAGCCAGACCAAGCGUAAUUACGGCUUCAUCUCACAGAUGCUGCAGGAAGAGCGCUACAGGUGUGAGCGGCUGGAGGAUCAGCUGAAUGACCUGACCGAGCUGCAUCAGAACGAGACCACCAACCUAAAGCAGGAGCUGGCCAGCAUCGAAGAGAAAGUAGCCUACCAGGCCUACGAGCGAGCCCGUGACAUGCAGGAGGCACUGGAGGCAUGUCAGACGCGUCUCAGUAAGCUGGAGUUGCAGCAGCAGCAACAGUCGGUGCAGCCGGAGAGCACCGAGGCCAAAGUGCUACUGGGAAGGUGCAUCAACAUCAUGCUAGCCAUCGCCACGGUGAUCCUGGUGUGCGUCUCCACGGUGGUCAAGUUCACAGUGCCGCUACUGCGCAGCCGCCUACACGUGCUUGUGACUUCGGUGUGCGUGUGUUUGCUUGUGCUCAGCUGGGGCCACUGGGAGCUCAUUCAGUGUGCGGUGGAGCAAUUUCUUCUAACCAGAUGAAGAGAGCGUGUGUGUGUGUGUUUUCUCAGACUGUCACUUGUGUCACUGGAACAUGGGUCAGGAGGAACUGUUUGGAUUUUAAAUUUAAAUCUUGUGUCUUUUGUGUGCGUGUUUGUGUGUUGGGAUUUUGGGGGUGGGGUGGUUACUCUGGUUUAUGCAACCCGGUCUCUCUCAUGCAAAUUUGCAGGAAUUCAAAGUCCACGGAUAUCUGAGUCCAUAAUUACUGCCUAAUGAGGUUAAUAUUCUCCUUGCGGCCACAGUACACAGUACAAAGUAGAAAUAAUUGGUUACUUUCUAAUGCUUACUUUUUACUUUGCCAGAAGUUCUUCACUGUUCAGUGUGAAGUGAGUAGAGCUAACCUUAGUUAAGUGUUGGAUAAGCUUUACUCUCAGCGAUCAGGAGAAGUCCAGUGAGUGAAAGCAAAUGUAGCAAGCGUAAUCUACUGUGUUAAAUCUGUAAUUGGCUAGGAUGUUGACAUCCUAUGUUUGUCUUAAACAAAGAGAUAUUUAUUGAGCAUUAUUACAAGAAUUCAGAAUAAGGCCAUACUCAUUCUCCAGUCAGCAAAUUAAGCUGGUGUUUGGCGUUAUGCAAAAAAAUAUAUAUAUAACACUGUAUUCAUGUAUUAAAUCACUCCUGCAUGGUCGAAUCCUUCAAACUCUGACAGUGAUCAAACUGCAUUCGCUGUACUGUGUUCUCACAGUCUAACUGCUUCAUUGAGCUGGUGUAAAUGCCUUCACCUGCACCAGCGGUGUUUCGUCUCUUUUAUGUUCCACGUUUCCUCUGGAGCAGGAAAUAAACCAAAGCUCAGCACACACCAGCUGUCUGAAAUGCAUUGUAAGUGAUGCUCAACUUCAACUGUGCACAGAAAGCAAAUACGUGUUGUUGUCUUUUUUUAAUGUGUGUUUUAGCGUUUUAGUCUCGAAUUAGACAUUGGGAUGCUGAGCUGUAUUCUAGAAUGAAAUGUAGGACUUUUUAAAUGAAGGAUUUAAGGACUAUUUUUAUACCUCAAACUGUUCUGACGAGUCUGUGAAUAGAGAUUGCUAUGUCACGUGGUGUUUUUGUGUUCAUCACCUUCUAUCUAUAAAUAGCUGUUAUCGUCACUACCUAAAAUAAUGUUAACGAUGCCUUCUUUCAGGUUUGUAAGACAAAAAAAAAAAACCCCCCGUUGGUAAUGUUCCAUUAUACAUUUCCUUUCCUUAAUGAAUGAAUGAUUGUAAUCAAUCAGCUAAUCUGUAAAUUAGUCAGUGUGGAGCAGACUUCAUUUGGGUUGCAACCAAAAUAAGCAAUAAUUCAUUUAAAACAAAACAAAACAAUGAUGCAUUUUUUUUCAAUUCCCUUAUGAUGUUUCUUUAGUUUGACACGAGAACUACAAGGCUGGCUAACAAGUAAUUGAAUAAGUAAUUAUUUCAUCACAUCUAGUUCUUCAGUAGUCACUCAGACUUGCUGAUGUGAUUUAUUGUACUCUAUAGUAACAUGAUGCAUUAUUUCUGAUAAAUACCGCAGUCAUACAGCCAUCUUUCCCUGGAAACGUCUCGUCUGGUUGGUGCUCAUUCCAAUAAUCAGGACACCUAGAAGUUAUCAGUUACAUUAGUAAGCAGCAAUCUGUUUUACCUUGACUUUCUGCCGGAGGUGGUGAGAGAGGUGACCGUGUCACUAGACAGACCGUAGAACUGACUGGAAAAGUGUUCAGAGAAUGCUGUUGAACUCAUGACAAUGGAGAACGUGCACGGUGAUCCCCAGGUAGUAGUGAAGGAUUUCCUGAAGCAGCAGACCACUAAACAGUGUGGUUUAUCACUGUGGACAUCCAGGAAGUCUAUGGGCCAUGGUGAUAUUCACCAGCCAUUCAGCACAAGCGAUGUCCGAACCAGACGCUGCGUCCUUGAGAUGGUUAAUGCUGAGGCACUAAGCUGCCCAUCUUGAUCUUACACAAGACCCCAACACUGACUGCGAUGAACACAGGUCUCGCCACAUGGCUCAGUUUACCACUUAUAUUGGGGGAAAAGGAGGCUUGGCAGUCAACAGAGUGUUGUUUAAUGAGGGGAAAACCACUCAACCAUGCUAGCAGCACAUAACCAGAGACUCGCUGGGCAGCCAAACGGUGAUGGAUGUGAAAUAUUUGAGGAGACCAUGCAGAUUUAGGUCCUGUCCUGGAGGAGAAUGAAUGAAGGGAAACACCAGUCCAGCACCAGUGUUGCAAAUGAGAGGAAUUGAUCUAUUUAAGCAAGCUCAGUUGUGAAAGUCACAUGGUAUGGUGAGGGGAAACCUGGUGGUGGUCUACACACACUGUGGGAUGUAGAAUACUCAAAGAACCUGAUCUGGAGGGGAUAAUGUAAGGUCACCUUACACCUACUGUAAGGUCACAGAGAUGAGUAGUAAACGGCACAUUAAGAGAAAACUAACAGUGCUAGUGGUUGGCGUGUAGUUCUGUGAAGUCAGAAGAGUUGAGAGGAUGGUAUUGCCAGCUUUGGAGAACACCUAUUACCAUAUUGAUAUGGUGUACAUGUGGUCUAAGAAAAGAAGAACGGUGGAAAGAUGGCUGUAUGACUGCAGUAUUUAUUGCGUGAUUCUCACAACGUAGGUGAAAGCCAUAACAUUAUUGGGGUAGCCAUAUUGCUAAACCAGAAUGACUUUUUUUUUUUUUUUCUUAACAUCUAACUUCCUAAAGUCCAAAAGUUUGUAAUUAUUGACUGUCACUGCUUAUUGUACAGGUUGUUUAUUUAAGGAUGAGAUCUUGAAGGUUAAACUGAUUAGACUCCAUUUGGGAAUUUCUCUCUGAAUUGGAGGAAGGUGCUACUCCCAGAAUCAUAGUUGUGGUGGAUCUUAUUAGACCAACAGACCUGAACUUAAGGCUGCUUGCAUCUAUAAGUGCAAACACUCACCCUGUAGCUUAGAUGCAACAAGACCAAAUUACCUCUCUGUUUUUUUUUUCUAGUUUCCCUGUGAAUGCAUGUAUUAAGACUUUGCACUUAUUCAUUUGUUUUGUGCUUCUGUCAUGAGUCUUACACAGAAUGUCAAAGUAAAGUGUUUGUGUUUUCA